CCCGCCCCCCGGCGCCUCUCGGCGGCCGCACCGGCACCGGGACCGGGACAGGGACAGGCACCGGGGCGAAGCGGCGAUGGAGACGGCACCCUGCGGCCCCUCUACAUGGACGUCCAGGCCACCACCCCGCUGGAUCCCAGGGUCCUGGACAGCAUGCUGCCCUACCUGACGGCCUACUACGGCAACCCCCACUCCAGGACCCACGCCUACGGCUGGGAGAGCGAGGCCGCGGUGGAGAGGGCCCGGCGGCAAGUUGCGGAUUUAAUAGGGGCUGAUUCAAGGGAAAUCAUAUUUACCAGUGGUGCAACAGAAUCAAAUAAUAUGGCAAUUAAGGGUGUUGCAAGGUUCUAUAAAUCCAGAAAAAAGCAUAUCAUCACUACACAAACAGAGCACAAGUGCGUCUUGGAUUCUUGCCGUUCCUUGGAGGCAGAAGGUUUUCGGGUCACGUAUCUACCUGUUAAAAAAAAUGGGCUCAUAGAUUUGAAGGAGUUGGAGGCCGCGUUCCAGCCAGAUACAAGUUUGGUUUCUGUAAUGACUGUGAAUAAUGAAAUAGGAGUAAAGCAGCCAAUUCAUGACAUUGGUGAGAUUUGCCGCAUGCAUAAGGUUUUCUUCCACACAGAUGCUGCACAAGCAAUUGGUAAAAUUCCUGUGGAUGUCAACGACAUGAAAAUUGAUCUAAUGAGCAUCAGUGGCCAUAAAAUUUAUGGGCCCAAAGGGGUUGGUGCUAUCUACGUUCGCCGUCGACCGCGCGUCAGGCUGGAACCCCUGCAAAGCGGGGGAGGCCAGGAGAGAGGACUGCGCUCUGGGACGGUGCCCACUCCGUUAGCGGUGGGACUGGGGGCAGCAUGUGAGGUGGCACAGCAAGAGAUGGAGUAUGACCAUAAGCGAAUCUCACAACUGGCAGAACGACUGGUUACAAAAAUAAUGAGUGAAGUUCCUGAUGUGGUUAUGAAUGGAGAUAGAGAGCAUCGCUAUCCAGGAUGCAUCAAUUUAUCUUUUGCAUACGUGGAAGGGGAAAGUCUUCUGAUGGCUCUGAAAGAUGUGGCUCUGUCUUCAGGAAGUGCUUGCACAUCAGCUUCUCUGGAGCCUUCCUAUGUUCUGCGGGCAAUUGGAACAGAUGAAGAUUUGGCUCACUCAUCUAUCAGAUUUGGCAUUGGUCGUUUCACUACAGAAGAAGAAGUGGAUUAUACAGUGCAGAAGUGCAUACAGCAUGUUAAGAGGCUGAGGGAAAUGAGCCCCCUCUGGGAAAUGGUGCAGGAUGGAAUUGACCUCAAAAGCAUUAAGUGGACUCAGCACUGAGAAGACACUGCUGUCUGUGGACUACAUGUGGGUGUGGGUUAAAAUGCAUUUUCUGUACAUUCCUGAACAAAUUAUGCAGCACUUCCCUUUUUUGACACUUGCAAUUUGACUGGAGAACUACCCUUUCUGAUCGUAAAGUCUAAGAAGCCAAAACCAAAACUAGUCUUUAUCCUAGACAAAGGCAGAAUGAUAUAACACCCAUUGCAUUUAUAUUGAUACACAGAAAGUUAUGUACAAACAUAAUUUAUUUGGAAAUGUAUUUUCUGAUAAGAAAAUGAACUCAGUGUGUUACACCUGGGCCGGUAGAAUCCUGGUGAGAGGUUGUUGUUUCUCAGUGUGAAGGAUCCCCUGUAGCUGCUGUGUUUGCAGCACAGGCCCGUUGCCAGCUCUGUCUGUCCCAGGUGGGCGUCCUGCAGCAGCAGCUGCUUUUGUGCCACUCAGGUGUGUUGUGUUGUGGGAAGCUCUCAGAUAGGAAGCAGCUUGGCAUUUCUAGAGGAGAAGGGAAAAGGAUGUCUCAGUGUCGCUAUGUGCCUUCACAGUUAAGUUGUGCUUGCAGUUAAGAACAAUUAUUAUUUUUUUUUUUCUGAAACUGCAAUAGCUCUUUUUCCUUGGUUUUAUCUUUGUUUUUUUUUUGGGGGGGGGGGGGGGGAGGAGUUGAUGCUUGUACAGACUGAUGUGCAUUAAUCUAAAACAUCCUUCUGCACGACAGUUUAUGUUACAAUAAUGAUGCACUUUGCUGUCCCCUCCAUGGUGUUUUUCCAUGCAAUUUUUUUCUAAGGAAGGAAAGAAAACUUGACUGACUGGGAAGGGGGAUAGGCAGAAUAUGUCAGCUUCAGUUGCAGUACCAGUUUAGUUGGAACAUGAGUGGUGGUGGUUGUUGUAGGGAGAGGAGAUGAAGUGCAAUGUCUUAAUGCAGUCUGGAUCUUUUGUUGGUGUGGUUUUUGUUUUUUCUCCCCUUGUGGAGUUCUUGCUGUUACUCAGAGUUUGCCCAUGGGCCAUUGGCUUCUGUCACUUCAGGAGGUGCAGUUGAGCUGGUAUAUUUUGUCUGGAGAUGAGAACACGUGAGUCUGGAGUUUUCUCUGGGUGACAGACUGUUCUUCUGUCUGACUAGAGACUUACAUGGGAAUCUGUUCUCUGCAAGUGCUGGGGGAAGUGUCUCUUGAAAAGUGUGUGAUGAGACUUACUCAUAUCAGUGUUUCUGUUUUUCCUUUGUUGAUCUUUCCAAUAGGAAACUUAACCCCUUAUUACAAAGUGCCUUUGUAUCAGUUGCAAAAGCAGACAGCUCUCAAAUGAGUUUGUUGGUUGAUGGAUGCUGUAUUAGCUGCUGAAUUUAAUAUACCCUCUAGACAGUAUGUCCUCUGUUCUGGGAGGUAUCUGCUUCAAGGAUGAACCAUGUAAUGUAAAAGCUGAAGCUAAGUCUCAGGAGGUGGAUUGUGUUACAGAAGCUUGUUCUGUUUUUUUGACACCAAGGGCAGAUUUGGUUGUGUGUAACGCAAAGCUAAUCCUCAGUUUUCUAUUUGAACUUAUUAGCUUUAGCAGGUUUAAUAUCAUAGAGCUGGCACCUUAUAUUUCAUCAUAAUAUUUUUAAAACUACCAUUUGCAUAAAUAUGUUUUAGAGGUGCCCUAUGUUUUAUGUUUGGGCCAUAUAUGUUUUCUGGAUUAAGCAUGUGAUGACACUUUCCCAGCAUGUCUUAGAACUAUAUGUUUAUGAAAUUGUUCCUUGUGUUUCAUGGAUGAUAUAAAAAUAUAGAUAAGACUUAAACUUG